AUGGACAGCACGUCCAUUAUAACGCAGGUUACAAGGGACGAUGAGUCUGUGGAGGUGAACCCGUAUAAUCAAGUCAAGUGUGAGUAGAGGCUUCCACUCUCACUGCAUUGCUCAUUUGUCAUAGCCAUCGUCACGGCGCGAAUUUUGUGAGGCGCUUAGAGCGAUACCGGCUAAAUUUCAGCGGUUGAGAUGAUUCUUAAGCACAUUAUUUCAAACUUUCUUACAGCUUGUUUGCUUGGGAAUCUCCGAUUGCGGUCAUUGAGUUAAUGAAAGUGCUGUUAACAUUUGUAUUUUAAUUGUCAGCUCCCGCUUGGUUAAUACGUUUGAUAUUUUGCUAUUCUUGUCUCCUUGCACGUUCACUCAGUUCACUAACUUUUUUUGGUGACUUACAGUACCUGGUUCAAUCUCCAAAAAGCCGAGGAGUCGGAACAUAUUUUCUUCGUUUUUCUGCUGUUUUGGCGCCCAAUCGACAGCUGCUGGAAGUCCGUGUACAACUGUUUCGCACUCCAAUCACAACCACAACCACAAUGAUAAUUCGAUCACCGAAGACAAGACUGAUUCGAAGGUUGGUAUUUCCGUACGUCGAGGUUACUUGCCAGGUGUUUAACUGUAGUUUUGAUGAUCUACUGUUCACAUAACUCUAUAUUUCAGCUUAGAAAGAGGUUUUGUUUAUUGGGGUCUGGAUCUCUGUCCAUUAAUUUUUAAAAUCUUCACUUUAAUUUAUCCCAGGAAUGCACACACGCAGUAUCCUUUGUUUUCAUUAAGCUGAGAGCAAACUGUUUCUCUAAGGCUUCAGUUCUUUCCCUUGGUAGCUCGAAUUGCUGUGGAAAGAGCUUCUUUCCAGCUCUUUCCAAAGUAGUAAAAAUUCGAUUUUCGAGUUUGUCGUUGAUCAUAGCUUGCACGCCGGGCGUUUCGUGAUCUCACCAUCCAAAAACUGUCAAUUUCAUUGACGAAACGGACACCUCGCGACGGUUUCUUUCACGGUAGAACGUUUUACUCAGUGACGCUUAUGGUUUUGCAGCUCUCGGAGAUCGAUGUUGCAGAGCUUGUUUCUUGAGAAUUAAAAAUUACUAUAUGGUACAGCAAUAUAAAAAAGAUACCAAUUAAUUCGGUUCAAGGAAGAGAAGUGAUCACUCCGGUUGGUUCCUUGUUGGUGUAAAUUAAUUUCUGCAUGUUUGCUGCAAAAGGAAAUACCCUAUAUUGCUCUUUCUAACGAAUAUUUGACUUAUAAAUUAUAUAAGAUCAGCCGCGUUUUAGCUUGUUUUACAAUAUGUAACUACUUGUACGUUAAUAAUUUGUGUAUAGUUAUCCCAGGGUAGCAAAACUAUACACUGAUCACGAGUCUUGAAAAACUACCUUGUAAAUAUCGCCUCUGUUUGAUGAUUUCGAAGUUGAUAACUUUGGUUGUUAUCAUAUUGAUCAACUUUCUUUCUUGGCAAAGAGUUGAUCAUAAAUAUGCCUUGUACAGUGGUAUUUCCUUUGCAUAACUCUUAAAAUUUGACAGUUGAAUAUUGUCCUAAGCAUUAACAAACUCUUAAAACAGCUCAUAGUUAGCAAAGGAUAAGUUACAUAUUGCAUAUUUUUUUUGUUUUAUUUCUGGUAUCUACCCAUACAAAUUUUAUUUGAAUCUUAAGAGGUGUUAAAGAUAGUUAGAGCUGUAUUAUGUAAUGCAUCAAACAAGUCAUCUGAAAGGGUGUUUCAUCUGAGCAGACAGGGUUGAUUAAAUAGAUCUUUGCAACAACUUAUUUGAAUCAAACUCAUUGUCUGAAUAUAUAAAUAUAGAUGAAAACUCUUAUGAGAGUUUGAUAUGAUAAAACUUAAAAUUAUCAAUAAUCAUUAAGUAAAUAUUGUUUUGAAACUUUUGUCAUAAUUAGGGUUAUUUUUGCUUUGCUUGAAAUCUCCUUAUGAAUCAUUAAUGAACUUAAAACAAUAUCUUUACUUUGUAUUUAUAAAAACAAUCAAUAAAAUUAUUACGACUGGUUUUUGAUUUGUUGGGAAGAGCCUAAAAGGUUACUCUCACUUUAAAAUGGCUGAAUAACUUUUAUAAAUCAUACUGUAAAAUUCCAAAAAUAAGCCCCUUCGUUUUAUAAGUCCCCCAGACCGGUAAUGCAAAAAACCCUCCGUUAAAUCGCCCCUCCAAUUAAUGUAAGCCCCCUGAGGGCUUGUACUUGGAAUAUUGCCCUUAAAUACAAAGUAAAACAAAGCAAAAACGGUAAAUUUACCUUCAACUGUAAGGCUGGCCCAGUUGAUUUUGAAAUGCAAAUUUCCCUCCAUAGAGAAGCCCCUCCAAAAAUAAGCCCCUCAAAAAGGGCCUUUGAAAAAUAUAAGCCCCGGGCCUUACUUUUGGAAUUUUACAGUAUUAUCAAACUUAAUGUAAACAUUAUUAGCAAGAGCCUUAAAAUCUCUCACUUGAAAAAAGUUAAAUAAUGUUAGACAAUGCUAAUUUUAGUGACAUGAUUUAAUAGUUCAGGACUAAGGAAAGCGAAGUAUUACUGACUGUAUUAUUGUGAAUUUCUUUCUGUUUUGCAGCCCUGUAAAUAUCUCCUUCCUGCUGUCAGACACCAGGAUAUGCAUAAGAAAUGUGUAGUUAUAGACCUUGAUGAAACACUAGUACAUAGCUCAUUUAAGGUACAGUCAUGGCUUUGAUAAAGUAAUGAUAGUAGUAGUGAAUGUCAAAAAAGCAAUCAACAUCCAUGACCCGUGGGCCUGGGUCCCCCUUAUUUUUAGACCAAACUGAGGCACAAAGGCCCCCCCCCCCCUUACCUUAGGGUCUGGAUGACCAUCCACCUCCUUAUCUCAAGUUCUGGAUCUGGCACUGAAAUUCUCCAAACUAAUCUUGAAACAUUUCCUUGAAGAAGUAGUUGAGAGAAUUUGAUGAAAGACCAAAGCAUUUCCCUUUGGUGAUCUUUUUUUAUUCUCGUAACCUUUUUGCUUGAGGAUGUUUUGAUGUUGUCGGGAGAAAAUUGAUGUUGGUCACUUUGGGGACUUAAUGGGUUACUUAAUCCUUAAACUUUUAAUGGGACUUAAAACAUUUUCCCCAAAAUUCAUUUUUAAACUAAAUAUACAGGAAUAUUCAUCAAAAUGGCACCAAAAAAAUAUUUUCCCCAAAAUUUAUUUUUUGUUGUUAAAAUCCUUUAUUGAUGCAUUUCAAAUAUUGCAUAUGCUGACAAAAGGAUAUGAUUCAUCAAAAUGUGCACACCAUUCCAGUCGUAACAAUGGUAAAAAAAAUAUGAAUUUUCAAAGAGGCAGUGACGCAUCAUCAGUAUCAAAUUUCUGCAAUCAUUCCUCAGGCAUCAUUUUGAGGAACCAGAGGUGACAUGGCAAAAUGGUGGCUGUUUUGUCAGGCCACUGAGUCAAGUAAUAAAAACAUCUUGAAAAAUUCAAAAAAAUGUUUUUUUCGCCCCCAGCCUCUCAAACACAAAUGGUUACUGUCCAGCGAAGUAAUGUCAGUAAGUGACUGAGUCUUGGUCAUGGAUUUCAUGAAGAGUAUUCUUUGUUUUAUUGCAGCCUGUUCAUAAUGCAGAUUUUAUUGUCCCUGUUGAGAUCGAUGGCACAAUACACCAGGUAUUAUCAAAUGAAAUGGAGUAGAGUGUUAUUCUUAUUGUUUUUCUAAUUUGCACAGCACCAACAUUUUCUACUCUUAGUCUGGUCCUGUCGUGAGACCUUUAGACUUCACGGACCCUUUCCUCAAUAUGGUGGGCGUUCCAAGAAGUACAGACUUUGCAAAUUCUGACCCUAUUUGGAAUUCCAGUUUCCCUCAAGUGCCCUUUUAAGUUCUUCAGUAUCACUCCUGUAGUUAUUAUUAUUAUUAUUAUUAUUAAUUAUUACACAUUUUUUGGGCAACCUCAAAACAAGCAUUUGUUUGUUUGACUUUCAGGUGUAUGUGUUAAAACGGCCCCAUGUGGAUGAAUUUUUACAAAGAGUUGGCGAGCUGUUUGAAUGUGUUUUAUUCACGGCCAGCUUAUCAAAGGUUUGUUGGACUUUCUUUGUGUUUUUGGAGGUUUUUGUUGGAUUUGCUUAGAUCAACAAGCAAAAUCCUAGGAAUACAUUGUACUAAUUUUUCCCUGCAAAUAAUUGUCUGAAAGUCAGUGCUGCAGUAAGAUGCAAUGUUUUUCAGUUUGGCCACUAGUGCUUCCUUGACUCUUAUUAAGAGCUGUUUUUACAUUGUAGAUUAACUGAGUUACACUGUAAAGACUUUCUUCCUCCCUGGUUACAAAGUUUGCUUUCAAAACAAUGUUUGACACUGAAGUUGCAUCAGGAGAAACAUUGUGUCCACAACAUUAUUUUUUCCUAUUUUAGUCAGGUCCUCAGUGUAAUUAUUAAUGUUUUCAUGUUGCUUUUUUUUAUCAGUAUGCUGACCCAGUUGCAGACUUGCUGGACAAGUGGGGGACAUUCCGUGCAAGACUUUUUAGAGAGUCUUGUGUAUUUCACAGAGGAAACUAUGUUAAGGUACAUUACAGCAGGGUGUUGUUUAAGGCACAUCAAGCUUAUAGAUAUGAUAGAGUAAAAUCACUUGUUUCUUUUGUGCCAUUGACAGGGUUCGCACUACUCCUGGAAUUCCAUGAAAACUCCUGGAUUUUUGAAAUUUUUUUCCAGGGCCCUGGAAAAUUCCUUGAAAAUUCAAUUUUGGCAUCAACUCCUGGAAAACUCCUUGAAUUUAUCUAUUAAUCUUAGUUGUAGGAUUAAAAAUGAAUGAGAAAGUUAUGAAACGUUUCUCUACAGACACUUUCACAAGUAACUUGUUCUAAAGAAAAUUGAUGUGAAAUUUACAACUUUGGGGUCUGGAUUUUUUUGUUUAUACCCUGGAAAACACCUGGAAUUCCAUUAUCUACAGGUAGUACGAACCCUGCAUUAAUAAUAAGCAAUUUUGCAUAAGCAUAUAUGCCAUCAUGGCAGAUGGCCACAUUUACCAGCCUUCCCACCAUUGACGCUAAAAUUUGCGACUAUAUGGCUGCAAUUAUUACUUUUGAACAGGUAAAAACCUUUUAAUUAAAGCAGGAGCAUGCCUCUGUAAAUCCAAAACUGUUACCUUCUAAUUGGAACCUAACUUGUCGAGGGAGCUAACAAGAAAGCCAACUGGUUCAUUUAGCUUGCAAAUUAUUUUCACUAAAUUUAAUUAAUAAUCUCUUACUUUGUUCCUCUAUAAGAUUGUACACUCAACCUUUUACUACAUCAAUAAAAGCACAGUUAGACUACUCUUAUUCUUAUAUAAGGUAUCUUAUAUAUUCUGAUAAAUUAAUGGGUAAUUGAUCUCAAUAGACAAAAAGCAAAAAUAUUUAUAUGUUUUAUAUUUGUGUAGAGAGUGAGUCGCAAUGUGUUUAAUACAACGAGUUUAAUAGACUUUUAAACUUAAGUUACAAAUUUAAUAGAAAUGAACACAACCUGCAGAUAAUUAUAGUAAGUCAAUAUAUAUAAACUGAAAAGCUGGGUUUUAGAUUACUAUGAACAAAAAAUGCACUUUCAAUAAAUUAUAUUAGUACUACGCAUUGUAACAGAUUGUUGGUUAUCUAUUAGGAUUUGAGCAAACUGGGAAGAGAUUUAAAGCAUGUUUUAAUUGUGGAUAAUUCACCAGCAUCAUACAGUUUUCACCCAGAGAAUGCGGUAAGGAUCAAGUUCGGUUGAAAACGUGAAUACACUUUUCUUUGUAUAGAAGGAGAAAUACAGUCACACAUCCAUCUGCAACUGCCAUUAGUAAGCAACCACAACCCAUAAGCAACCACCAAUCAAAAACACUAAACCUUUCCCAGUCAAAACUUUACAGUUGGAACCUCUUGUAAGCAAUCACCUCUUCUAAACGACUGUGACCAUCACUUUUUGCGGAUGACGAAAUUAGUCAUUUUGCUAUUGUUUUUAACCCCGUGUAGCCGACUGCUUCACUCAUGGUCUAAUCUCUAUGUUCGCUCUAUGUUACUUAAAGUACUGGUAUACAAAGAUCUUGUAAUGACAACAUGGAAGUCAGCACAUAUUGUAACUUAGAAAUUAUUGGGACCACUAUGUUUCCACAUUUUGUUUAGUUGCUUACGGGAGAUGCAACUGCAUAUACCAGUAUGUUACUUUUUGGGACUUUGCCCACAGCUUCAAGGGCAUUUGCCACACCAUAUCUCUGACACUUUUAAUGGGUUUAAUAAUGUCAUCUUUUUCCUUCUACACAGGUCCCAGUUGUGUCUUGGUUUGAUGACUUUUCAGACAUAGAGCUUUUAGAGUUGAUACCCCUUCUGGAGAAGUUAAAUGAAGUUGAUGACGUGUGUGCAUUUUUGAGAAAUGACAACGUGAAUACUUUGAAGACAAGGUGCCAUCCUUUUGACACCAGCUGAUUCACAGUAAAUCAUUUUAUAGACAAUUUUCAUUCCUUUUUGAAAGUUUUUUUUUUCCAAUCGUGCACAAUGCCUUGAGUAGUGAAAUAAUGGUUGUUAUUCUUCUACGAAGUCGACAAUGCAUUUUUUUUGAAGUAGGAAUUUUCACCAAAUGCUGGGAUGCCCAGCCCAGUUGUACAGUAGAUCUGGCUCUAGUUGCAUCGUUCAAAAGGUGAAUAUUACUCUAUCCACUGCAUGAAGUGGAUAACUCCAUAUUGGUUUCCCUAAAAGUUGUCCGCCGGAUAGUGAUUUAUCUGGUGGAUAGCAUUAUCCAGUGUUUGGGCCCAAUUAUGAUAAAUAUUGGCACGCAUUGUGCAUUCACAGGAAAGCUGUGCAGCUAAAAAACUUCAGAAAACUUUUGGCACCAUCAGUCAGUUGGAAUGUGUGAAAACUGCUGAUUUUCUGGUAAUAGCCUCUCAGACAAAGAGAUUAGACUAUCAGAUGUACCGUAAAAUUUAACUGCUGCUGAUAAACCUUGCAUGGGCUUAUACAUCUUUGUAAGGGGUCUUAGGAGGGCUUUUAUGUGGGGGGGACUUACAACUGAAAUAGAGCUAUAGCAUUGCUGAUCAAAAUAAUAUAUUUUGCAUUUGCUGGUGUUUUAAGCUACAAAACAUCAUAAUAAAUCAAAUUCAAUUUCGAUACAUUUGGCUUAUAUCCAGAGAGAAGGGGCUUGUAAAUGGGGAAGAGAGGCUAUAGGCGGCAGUUUACAGUAUAUUCCACUGACAAAUCUUCCCAUUUAUUUUUAACAAUCUCAAAUGGGCCAUGUUUGAUUGAGUUAAUUUUUGUGCCAAAAAGACCUUUUAGUGACAGCCCUAGAAACUUGGCUCAUCAGAUAAGCUUCGCAGUUCACUGAAAUUGUACAGAUAAUUUUGAAUUUCACAGUGCAGCUUGCUUGCUAAUUUUCUUGGGAAACAUCAUCAUUAAAAAGAGUUUUCCACAAUUGUCUUUAGUUAGUAAGAAACAACGUACUCUUGAAUGGGAGAAUUCAAGUAGUUGCAAUUUUUAAGGUACUCAUGUAGUUUCUUGGUGUUGGGGAAGGGUGAUUAUCUCCAAAUGAUGGAAAACAAAACAUUGAAAAGACACUUAACAAAUCGACCACACUUUUCCAUGGUCCACACUCUUAUAGACCAUAGAAAUGAUGUCAUAAAAUGUUCAAAACUCAAGAAGAACCACGAGCUGCAGUCGAGUAGUUUCACUGCAAAAUUUUGAACGUUUUAUGGCAUCAUUUCUAUUGUCUAUGGAAAACCAUGGAAAGUGGGGGUCGAUUUGUUUUUUACAAUAACAUUUAUUUUUAUGAAAAACCAAAAACAAAACAACCGGCACUGCAUUAUUUACGUCAUUUCCAUGGUCUAUACUCUCAUAGACCAUAGCUCUCGACUAAUCAGCGUGCGAGGAUUCGUUCAGUUAUUGUAAAAUGAACAAUAUACCCACACCCCAAAAAACAGCUAACCAACAACAAUUUCCACAACACCAAGAAACACCAAUUUUAAUGCACUGGUUAUAGGCAGUGCCUAUUACCUAUAAUCAACCAUGGACAACUAACUGUACCUUUAAAUAAGAAACUUUUUAUGAUCCUUUUUAGUUUGAUAUAUUUUUAUCUCAAUAGUAUGAUUGUAGUAUUUUUACUCAUAUGUACAUAGGAUUGUUGAAAUUUUGGACAACUUUUUAUUGCCUUCAAAUAUUAUAAAUAGCUACAGUGGUGUACUAGCAACAAAAUAGUGGUUUCUUAUCACUUUCAAUUUUAAAGCAAAUUAUCAGGGCCUGUAAUGAAUUUAUGUGGCAUCUGAGGGAGUGCGAACAUAACCAUAGUAUUCAGAAUUAUUAACCUUUUUGUAUUUUUAGUUUUUGCUGGAAAAAUACAGUAUUUUUUCACAAAAAUAGUGGCAGAGUCUUAUGUUUUUCAAUAAAAUUUUUAUGCCUCAUGCCACAGAAACUUUUGGCCUUAAAAACCCCCCACCAGGCCCAUCAGAAUGGCACUACAGUGUAUGAGGAUCAACCCUUCCACCACCCCUGAGAAUUUCUUAUGACUCAAUGAAAGUUGUAGCAUCAAUAUUAUUAAUAUUAUAUAAUAUAAUAAUAUUAUAUUAUUAUUAUUAUUAAUAUUCCCUUGAACUUGUAGGACUCUUUUAUUCAACAACAUAUAUAAACCAGAGAAUUUUUUUUAGCAAAAAGUGUUUUCUUGCAUCAGUGUGGUUGUGGUACAACGGGGUACAUAGUGUAUGUCCCUCCUAUUAGAAUCGGUCAAUUUAGGUUUUUGGGAAACUGCCCACCUACCCCUCCCCUAACUCAAUGUCCACAUUUGUGUCUCACUUGGGGCAAAAUCUUGGGUUAGGGGAGGGGUAGGUGAGCAGUUGAUCCCAGAAACCGAACUUGACCCCAAUUUAUUUUGUUACAUUAUGUUAAUACAAAGCAAAUUAAAGCAAAUCUUUGUACUUAAAAACACUUGCACAUAGAUUUUGUUGCUGUCCCUUGAACUAAGGAACAAAUCUUUUAAUUGGUUAUCACUGAUGAACAUAAUAAUUGUUUCAUGUAGGCUAUUCAUAUUAUUGACCACUCAAUUUUUAGUAUCUCCAAAAUAGUUUUAGAAAACAGUCUGAGACUACUGUACAAUCUAAACGAAUUAAAAAC